ACGUGUUUAAAAUUUUGACAUACCUAUUGGCCUACAUUUAUUUUAUCAUACUUUUAUAAACUUGGGAUCGUAAGUCAAAUUGAUGGUGAAUUAUUAAGUAAUAUUUUUUGUCGUUAGUUUAUGGGAUGAUUGCGUUAAAUAAAAUUAAAGAUGCCUUACUUAUUAUUUCUAUCUUAUGAAUUCAAAGUUUGUUCGUAUAAUACUGUUUGAACUUUAAAGACGGCCAUCUUGGUGGUUAAUAGGCUUGUUUGAUAGCUUAAAAACUCAAUUCUAAAUUUUUUUAUGUGUCGAACUUGGGCAAACUUAAGCAUAAUUUAAUCGAGAUUUUAAGUUGUCUGUAACUAAGUGUUGAAAAAAAUGGCUAUGGAGACUCCAAGAGAAAGAGAAAUUGCUGCAGAAGACAGCAUUAGAGUAGUAUGUAGAUUUCGGCCGCUGAAUCAUUCUGAAGAAAAGGCUGGCUCCAAAUUUAUAGUUAAAUUUCCUGCUGGAGGAGACGAAAAUUGUAUUUCAAUUGGGGGGAAAGUUUAUCUUUUUGAUAAAGUGUUCAAGCCAAAUGCUACACAAGAUAAAGUAUACAACGAAGCCGCCAAAUCUAUUGUCACUGAUGUUUUGGCAGGCUACAAUGGGACGAUAUUUGCUUAUGGACAAACUUCUUCUGGUAAAACUCAUACAAUGGAGGGAGUUAUUGGAGAUCCUAACAAGCAGGGCAUUAUUCCACGCAUUGUUAAUGAUAUUUUCACUCAUAUAUAUGGCAUGGAAGAGAAUUUGGAAUUUCAUAUUAAAGUUUCAUAUUUUGAGAUUUAUAUGGAUAAAAUUAGGGAUUUGCUUGAUGUAUCAAAAAUAAAUCUCAGCGUUCACGAGGAUAAAAAUCGAGUACCAUUUGUGAAAGGAGCUACAGAAAGAUUUGUAUCUAGUCCUGAUGAAGUGUUUGAAGUUAUAGAAGAAGGGAAAUCUAAUCGUCAUAUUGCCGUGACUAAUAUGAAUGAACACAGCUCUCGUUCGCAUUCAGUAUUCUUGAUAAAUGUGAAACAAGAAAACUUAGAAAAUCAAAAAAAGUUAUCUGGUAAAUUGUACCUUGUUGAUUUGGCAGGUUCUGAAAAGGUUUCAAAAACUGGAGCAGAAGGAACCGUUCUGGAUGAAGCAAAAAAUAUAAAUAAAUCUUUAUCGGCACUCGGGAAUGUCAUUUCAGCUUUGGCUGAUGGAAACAAAACUCAUAUACCAUACCGUGAUUCUAAAUUAACUAGAAUUUUACAAGAAUCCUUAGGAGGAAAUGCAAGAACAACAAUCAUCAUAUGCUGUUCACCGGCAAGUUUCAAUGAGUCCGAGACUAAAUCUACGCUUGAUUUUGGAAAACGUGCAAAGACUAUCAAGAAUGUUGUUUGUGUCAAUGAAGAGUUAACAGCUGAAGAAUGGAAACGUCGUUAUGAACGAGAAAAAGAGAAAGCUGCUAGAUAUAAAGGUAGAUUGGAAAAGCUGGAAGCUGAAUUAUCACGAUGGCGCCAAGGUGAAACUGUCAAACCUGAAGAACAGGUCAAUCUACAGGAAGUUGCUGAUGUUGUUACACCCAUCAUGGCAACGGUUGAAAGUAAACUUGACGAUGGACCAAUGCCAGCAACGCCUGGAGGAGGUCUUAUGGCUGGUUCUCUUUCUAAUGAAGAGAGGCAAAAACUUGAAGAGGAACGCGAAAGGCUUUAUCAACAAUUGGACGACAAAGACGAAGAAAUCAAUCAGCAAUCUCAGUAUGUGGAAACUCUGAAGGAGCAAAUGGAAGAACAAGAAGAAUUAAUUGCAAGUACUAGGCGAGACUAUGAACUCUUACAACAAGAAAUGAUAAGAAUUCAACAAGAAAACGAGAGUGCUAAAGAAGAAGUUAAAGAAGUAUUACAAGCUCUUGAAGAGUUGGCUGUAAAUUAUGAUCAAAAGUCACAGGAGGUGGAGAUGAAAAAUAAAGAACACGAGGCUUUAAGCGAAGAGUUGCUUUCAAAGCAAACAACUCUAAACACAACUGCUUCAGAAUUGCAACAACUUCGUGAUAUGUCGGCUCAUCAACGUAAACGUAUUGCAGAAAUGUUAACAAAUUUAUUAAAGGAUUUAGGAGAAUUCGGUGUAGCAAUUGGUGGCGAUGAAAAUUUAAAGAUGACACCAGAUAAUAAUGGCAAAUUGGAGGAGGAAUUUACCGUGGCUAGACUUUACAUAAGUAAAAUGAAAUCAGAAGUUAAGAACUUGGUGCAACGCUGUCAAGGACUGGAAAGUUAUCAAGCAGAUUGUAAUAAGAAAGUUUCAGAAUAUGAAAAAGAUUUGGGCGAAUGUCGUCUAUUAAUAUCUCAGCACGAAGCUAAAAUGCAAUCACUUCAAGAAGCUAUGAAGGAAGCUGAAUUACGAAAACGAACUUUAGAGGAAGAUGUGGAUGCCCUACGAGAAGAAUGUGCAAAGUGGAAAGCUGCCGAACAAGUACAAGCUGUGAGUAAUAAAGAGAAAGCUGAAGAAAAAGAAGCGGCUACUAAAAUGAGAGUCGCUUUAGAAGAACAAAUGGAUCAGUUACGUGAUGUGCAUCAAAAGCAGGUUGCUACCCUUAGAGAUGAAAUUUCUGAGAAGCAACAACUUGUCAACGAACUUAAAGAUUUAAACCAAAAGUUCACAUUAGCCCAUCAACAAAUGCAAACAGAUUACGAACGAUUGAAGCAGGAGGAAGCGGACAAAUCAGUCAAAUUACAAGACUUACUUUUACUUAAUGAACGUAGAGAACAGGCAAGAAAAGAUUUGAAAGGAUUGGAAGAAACAGUUGCGAAAGAGUUGCAGACUUUGCACAAUUUACGAAAACUAUUUGUUCAAGAUCUUCAGUGUCGAAUCAAAAAGUCUAUGAACUCUGAAGAAAACGAAGACGAUGGUGGUUCACUUGCUCAAAAGCAAAAAAUUUCUUUCCUGGAGAACAAUUUGGACCAACUUACAAAGGUUCAUAAACAAUUAGUAAGAGAUAAUGCAGAUCUUCGUUGUGAACUUCCUAAACUUGAGAAGAGACUGCGAGCAACAAUGGAGAGAGUUAAGGCUUUAGAAACUGCUUUACGAGAUGCCAAAGAAGGUGCAAUGCGUGAUCGUAAACGCUAUCAAUAUGAAGUUGACAGAAUUAAAGAAGCUGUAAGACAAAAGAACCUUGCUCGACGUGGACCUAGUGCUCUCAUUGCAAAACCGAUUCGAGCAGGCCAGCAUCAUGUUACUGGAGUUAAUGCAAUUAAAACUGGAAAUCGAGAUGCGGAUGUCAUUGCUCAACGGUCGUGAACGUAAUUCGAAAUUCUCCACUUUUACAAAAAGCAAGAGCAAGAGUACUUUUACAGAUGAAAAGGAACUCUGACGUCAAAUUUAUUUAUGAUGCAUACGCAUAAAUAGCUAUAUAAUAUUAUUUAAUAAGAUAAGCCACAAAAAUAUAUUCACAACCAGCACUCACGGUUUUGUUUAUUACAUAUAUUGAGAAAGAAGCACGUCACUAAAAAUAUUAUUGCAAUAGGUAAAUUAAGUUAUUAUAAGAAGUCUGCAUGUCUUAUCAAUUUGUAAAUAGUUGAUUUUAUAAAUUAUUAUUUAGUAUAAAUUAACUUGCAAGGCUUGGCAAUGAAUUUAUUAUUAUUAUUAUUAUUAUUAUUAUUAUUAUUAUUAUUAUUAUUAAUCCCUUAAAUGUGGAAUUACACGUAUAGACGUACUUGUUUUCUUAUAACUCCACACUCAAAUGUGAUUAGUAAUUAAACGAUAGCACCAAUAUUUUGUGAUCCAGAAAUACGAAUAUUUUGUUGUUAUUUUGUACAUCACGACCACGACAAAUUCGUGAAAAAUAAUUGUCACUUUUGUAAUUGAUAUAUUUGAUUAGACAUGCAGUUUAUGUAAAAUUGUACGAAUGAUUGCGAAUCGAGUAUUUGUAAUUAUACAUAUUUUUUCAAAUUAACUGCAUCGAUCAAUCUUAACUGUUUUCUGAAGGCAUUAACAGAUUUAUUUUCAUUAGGAGGGCUCAUUUAAUGUAAAUUAAAUGCACAAGCUUUUCCUUUAAGAUUUAUUAAUUACAAAUGCUGCUUCUGUUUUAAGAAAACAUCUAAACAUAAAAGAGAAAUGCCUUACUCGUCAUAUUUUGUUCUACUUUUUAGCAUGUUAGUAAUUUAUUAAUCAAAUUCAUUGAUUCAAAUAUGAGGCUUUAACUAUAAAUAAAAUGCAUAGAUUCAAAUUAAAACUCA